AAAAAGUUGAGAAAGACGAUGUAAAUUGUAAUUCAAUUGGUUAAUAGAAUAGGACGAUGAGCCCAAUUUUGGGGUGGUGUAGGAAGCCAGUGAGUGACGUGAACAGAAAAGAGAAGAAGAUGAAGCAUUAUUACUAGUAUUAUUCUAUAGUCUAUAGAUGUUGGAACUUGGGUGUGUAUAUAUAUUCCUUCUAUUUUUCUCUCUGACUCUCUCACCUCCAGCUGCGUUUUGGGACUUAUCUCUGUAGCCGUCUUUGUAUCUGAACAUUUGGAGUUGAAUAAAAUAUUGUUUGCAAAUUGUUAGUGAUCAUACAGAAGAAAAGGAGAGUGAAGAGUGGAAUCCAGGAGGAUAGAUCUCAAGUGAGAUAUAUGCGUAUGUAUAUCUAUAUUUAUACGUUUUCUCCACUGGGAAGGCUUUGAAUCCAAUCGAUCGGAUGGCGAAUCAAGCGGGAGGACCCUCGGAUUUGCACAAGCUCUUCAAACCCUCCUCCAAUCCGGGUCCUGCUACUAUAAUCCAACCCUCGCCUUCAUCCCCAAGCUCAAAUCUCCAACCCUAUGCCACGCCUUCUCCUUCAACUUCAUCUUCUUCUUACCCUCCUCCCACUGGGCCUUUACCAUUUCACACCCACUACCUCCCUUACCAGCCCCAGCCCCAACCCUUACCCAUCUCGUAUCAAACUUCACAGCAACAACCCCACCUCCCUUCCCCUAGCCCUAAUUCGGGUGCCCGAUUGAUGGCUCUUCUUACCACACCCUCCAAUCCUCCCAUGCCCUUUCCUGCCACAGCCCCUCCUGAAUUUUCCAUGCCCACCACCACUCCCAUCAAUUUGGUCACCCCUCAGCCCCCUCCCUUGCGAUUGCUCAGCAAUAAAUUCCCCAAGGGCCGCCAUCUCAUUGGCGACCGUGUUGUUUACGAUGUUGAUGUUAGAUUGCAAGGCGAGGUUCAGCCCCAGCUGGAAGUCACUCCCAUCACCAAGUAUGUCUCCGAUCCUGGUCUUGUCGUGGGUCGUCAGAUUGCUGUUAACAGGACCUAUAUAUGCUACGGCCUCAAGCUUGGAAACAUAAGGGUUCUUAAUAUCAAUACUGCAUUGAGAGCUUUGCUUCGCGGCCACACUCAGAGGGUAACAGACAUGGCUUUUUUUGCUGAGGAUGUUCCCCUUCUGGCCAGUGCAAGUAUUGAUGGCCUGGUUUUCAUAUGGAGGAUCAAUGAAGGCCCGAACGAGGAUGAUAAGGCCCACAUUACUGGAAAAAUUGUUAUUGCCAUUCAAAUAGUAGGAGGAGGGGCAUCAGUGCAUCCACGAGUGUGUUGGCAUUCUCACAAACAAGAAAUUUUGGUUGUUGCAAUUGGGAAUCGUAUCCUGAAAAUUGAUUCCACAAAAGUAGGAAAGGGUGAAGUGUUUUCUGCAGAGGAGCCUCUUAAAUGUCCCAUUGAUAAACUAAUAGAUGGGGUUCAGUUUGUUGGUAAACAUGAUGGUGAAGUUACAGAGCUGUCAAUGUGCCAAUGGAUGACUACCCGUUUAGCUUCAGCUUCAACAGAUGGCACGGUGAAGAUUUGGGAGGACCGAAAACUGGUACCCCUUGCAGUACUGAGGCCACAUGAUGGUCAACCUGUUAAUUCUGUUACAUUCUUGACAGCUCCUCACCGUCCUGAUCAUAUUAUUCUUAUCACUGCAGGACCACUGAAUCGGGAAGUGAAGUUAUGGGCCUCAGCAAGUGAUGAAGGAUGGCUGUUGCCUAGUGAUAUUGAAUCGUGGCAGUGUACGCAGACUUUGGAUUUAAGGAGUUCAGCUGAACCCAGGGCUGAGGAUGCGUUCUUUAAUCAAGUUGUAGCAUUGCCACAUGCUGGUCUUUUUCUACUGGCAAAUGCAAAGAAAAAUGCUAUGUAUGCUGUGCACAUAGAAUAUGGGCCUUAUCCUGCUGCAACUCGCCUGGAUUACAUAGCUGAGUUUACAGUCACUAUGCCAAUUUUGAGUCUUACUGGAACAAGUGAUAGCUUACCAGAUGGAGAACAUGUUGUACAGGUCUAUUGUGUCCAAACACAUGCUAUUCAGCAAUAUGCCUUGGACUUAUCACAGUGCCUGCCACCACCUCUAGAGAACUUGGAAUUGGAGAAAACUGACUCCAGUACUUCUUGUGGUUUCAACACUGCUAAUUCUGCUGCUUGUGAUACUUUGGAAUUAUCUCAUGGAAGUAAACAUAUUGAGAUGUCUGUAGGUGGUGCACCCCCCUUGCCAUCGAUACUUUCAAGCAGCUCUGAAAAUGGUCCUAUAGCUAGCCAUCCUGUAAACUUGGCUUCUUCUGAGGUCACAAGCUUGCGAGAAACUGCUACUUCAGGUAUGGAGUCUAAGUCAAGUGCUUUACCAUCGAGUAUCAGUUCUGAAAAUAUUCAUGCUGCAUCACCUCCUCUUCCUUUGAGUCCAAGAUUAUCUGGAAAAUUAUCUGGUUUUAGAAGUCCAUCAAAUAGCUUUGACCCCAGUCCACCACUCAGCAAUCAUGGUGGUGACCAGCCAAUUCUUGAUUAUUCAAUUGACAGGAGAAUGGACACUGUUAGAGAAAACUUCGCUGAUGCACCUCCUUCAGGUGAGAAUUUGAGGAAGGAUGAAAAAAAUAUUGCACAAAAUGAUAUUUCAAUGGUUCCUAAUCCUCCUAUAAUGUUUAAGCAUCCUACUCAUCUGAUAACUCCAUCAGAGAUAUUGUCUGCUUCAUCAGAGAGUUCUCAGAUUACUCAGGGUAUGAAUGUGGGAGAGGCAAAAAUCCAUGAUAUGGUUGUCAACAAUGAUCCAGAAAGCAUUGAGUUAGAGGUUAAAGUUGUAGGUGAGACAGGAAUUCCAGGAAUCAGCAAAAAUGAUGAGCUUGAGUGUCAGAGAGAAUCCCACGUUAUUGUUGCAGAGAAAAAGGAGAAAUCCUUUUGCUCACAGGCCUCCAAUCUUAGCAUUCAAAUGACUAGAGAUUGCUGUGUGGAAACUUAUACCAUUGAGGGGGCUCGGCAGGUCAGUGAUGCUAAUGUUACUGCAGCAGUAGACCUAUCUCCCAACACUGCUGAUGAAGAUGUCCAAGAUUCAACAAGAGAUGUGUCUGCAAAGAUUGGUGAAUCAACUACUCCCAUGAUAGUGCCACAAUCCUCCAUCCCAUCCAAGGGGAAAAAACAGAAAGGAAAAAAUUCUCAAGUUUCUGGUCCAUCAAGUCCCUCUCCUAGUCCUUUCAACUCCACAGAUUCAUCCAACGAACCAAGUAGCAGUUCAAGUCCUCCAUCUAUGGAUGCUGCUUUUUCUCAGUUAUUUUCUAUGCAGGAGAUGCUGGACCAGUUGGUGAACAUGCAAAAGGAGAUGCAGAAGCAGAUGAAUGUGAUGGUGGCUGUUCCUGUUACCAAGGAAAGUAGAAGACUGGAGGCAUCAUUAGGCCGAAGUAUGGAGAAGGUUGUUAAGGCCAACAGCGAUGCCCUAUGGGCUCGAUUCCAAGAAGAAAAUACAAAACAUGAGAAGUUAGAUCGAGACCGUAUGCAGCAGCUUACAAAUCUGAUCACCAAUUGUAUAAACAAGGACUUGCCAUCCAUGUUAGAGAAAACAAUAAAGAAGGAAAUAGCUGCAGUAGGACCAGCUGUAGCUCGUGCAAUUACUCCAGUUAUAGAGAAAACCAUUUCUUCAGCUAUUUCUGAAUCAUUCCAGAAAGGGUUGGGUGAUAAGGUGGUGAAUCAACUAGAGAAAUUAGUUAACUCAAAACUUGAAUCUGCAAUGGCUAGGCAAAUUCAAAUACAGUUUCAAACUUCUGGCAAGCAAGCUCUUCAAGAUGCAUUGAGGUCUACUUUGGAAGCUGCAGUUAUUCCAGCAUUUGAGAUUGCAUGCAAAACCAUGUUUGAUCAAGUUGAUUCUACAUUUCAGAAGGGGCUUAUCAAACAUACAUCUGGUGUUCAGCAGCAGUUCGAGUCUACACAUUCAACCCUGGCUGUUGCUUUGAGGGAUGCAAUUAAUUCAGCAUCAUCAAUCACAAAAACCCUAAGCGGAGAGUUGGCUGAUGGCCAACGCCAGAUCCUAGCUAUUGCCGCUGCAGGUGCAAAUUCAAAAGCAGUGAAUCCCUUGGUUACACAGUUGAGUAAUGGGCCAUUGGCUGGUCUGCAUGAGAUGGCUGAAGCACCUUUGGAUCCGACCAAAGAACUAUCCAGAUUGAUAUCUGAGCGCAAAUUUGAGGAAGCAUUCACUGGAGCUCUGCACAGAAGUGAUGUCUCAAUAGUAUCAUGGUUAUGUUCUCUGGUUGAUUUGCAGGGGAUUCUGUCAUUGGUACCUCUACCUCUAAGCCAAGGAGUUCUGCUGGCCCUCCUCCAACAAUUGGCCUGUGACAUCAGCAAGGAAACACCCAGAAAGCUUGCAUGGAUGACAGAUGUGGCUGUUGCCAUAAACCCUGCAGAUCCGAUGAUCGCACUGCAUGUGCGGCCAAUCUUCGAGCAGGUUUAUCAGAUACUGGGCCAUCAGCGAAACCUACCCACAACCUCUGCUGCAGAAGCAUCAAGCAUCCGCCUUCUCAUGCAUGUCGUAAACUCUGUUUUGCUGAGCUGUAAAUGAUUAUCCUACCUGUGCAGAAUUGUUACUGGGACGUCCGGAUUGUAUAGAUAAUCUAGGAACUUUUAGGGAAAAAAAGGGAUUACUUGUGUAUCAAGUUGGUGUUCUGAUGAUUUGUGCCAAAUUUGUUAGUGUUAUAUACUGCUUCUCUAGGAUACCAUUUUGACUUAAAACAUAUUAUUUAUCUUAUUUUUUUUUUACA